AUUAUUUCUAUUUCUUUAAGCAAACAACGUCUUAUCAACGCCCCGGCUUCGGCUAAGCUAAGCUAUCCCUUUUCUCCUUCCUCGCUCCACCCACAACCCAGUUUCUAUCUCAAUUUCUCCCAUCCCCACCUGAUUUUUUUGUUCAAUUUUAGGGCUUCAUCAUGCCCAAGUCAUGGUGCAACUUCACGUAUUCAAGGCCUCCCUGAGAAAAGCUAGAACAGUGUUCACAUAUUCCCAAUUAUCCGAAAGACCAAAACCAUGUCUCCUUCUUCCCAAUAUGGAGAAAAAAAAACAUCUUCUUUUUGCAGUGGAUAAGUAGCUGUCUAGCUAUAUUAUUCUCUCUAGGGUUCAGUUCCUAUACAAAAUUCUUUCUUAGGGUUUUUUUUUUUUUAGGUUUCUUUGUUUUACCCUUUUGAGUUUCUGCUGCCAUGGAGGAAUAUAAUCAUCUAAACGAGAGUAGUUCCACUCCAAGGGGAAAUUUCUUGUAUGCAUCUCCAGUUCUUGCACCAAAUUCUUCAUCUUCUCCAUAUGGGAGAACUAACAGCAGCUCUAAUACGAUGCCCGUAAGCUCCUUUCACCUUCAAUCGAGCGAGUGUUAUCAAUCUGAUGUGAAAACGUCUGACGCCGCCGGAAGUUCAAGCCAGAAAUUUCAUUACCCUUUAGUGAUCAGAGGUCAUCCGGUGAUUCCUCACCAAGAUGGGAACGAGAACUCCGGCGCUGAAGUGGAAGCUAUAAAAGCCAAGAUCAUCGCUCAUCCUCAGUACUCGGACCUUUUGGAAGCUUACAUGGAUUGUCAAAAGGUCGGAGCCCCACCUGAAGUUGUAGCUCGGCUAACAGCUGCUCGUCAAGAGUUUGAAGCACGGCAGCGGUCUACGAUGACUUCAAGAGAUACUUCAAAAGAUCCAGAACUCGAUCAAUUCAUGGAAGCUUACUAUGAUAUGUUGGUGAAAUACCGUGAGGAGUUAACGAGGCCGAUUCAAGAAGCGUUGGAUUUCAUGCGGAGGAUCGAAACUCAACUCAACAUGAUAAGCAACGGACCCGUGCGGAUCUUCAACAAUGGUAGUGAUGAGAAGUGUGAGGGUGUUGGUUCAUCUGAGGAGGAUCAAGACAACAGUGGUGGAGAGACAGAACUACCUGAAAUUGAUCCACGAGCUGAGGACCGAGAGUUGAAGAAUCAUUUACUGAGGAAGUAUAGUGGUUACUUAAGUAGUCUCAAGCAAGAACUCUCUAAGAAAAAGAAAAAGGGAAAACUACCUAAAGAAGCCAGGCAGAAGCUACUUAAUUGGUGGGAGUUGCACUAUAAAUGGCCAUAUCCUUCAGAAUCAGAGAAAGUGGCAUUGGCUGAAUCAACUGGUUUGGACCAGAAACAAAUAAAUAAUUGGUUUAUAAACCAAAGGAAGCGACACUGGAAACCUUCAGAAGAUAUGCAGUUCAUGGUUAUGGAUGGUCUUCAUCCACAGAAUGGAGCUUUCUACAUGGAUGGUCACUACAUGGGUGAUGGUCCAUACCGGUUGGGGCCACAGGUCUGAACUUGCAAAAUCUGGUGAAGGGCAUGGACAAACUGCCACAAUAUGUAUGCAGGCCAUCUAGUUAAAGCUUUUCAUUUAAUUUUAUUUUCAGUCGUUGCAUGAAAUCAGUCUAUAUUCCCAUGCUAUCCUCAUUGGAGACCACAAUGAUAGCAAACACUGUUCUUAUGAUUCUAUCCUGCACACAUCUAUGUGGUAGCGGAUGGUUUGUACGGGAUUUAUGUUUGAUUUUGAACAUUUGCUUUUCAUCUGUUAUGUUUAGAAUGUAAUUAAAUGCGUCAUAAGGUUUGUAUGGUGUCUGAGAGCAGUAUAUUUAUCAAGUUCAGUCGUGAUCGAGGGAGAUUUGUAACUGUGAGACAUAAGUGAAACUCUAUCUAUGUUGUUGUUUGUCAAGGGAACUAUACCUAUUAAGUGUAUAUAGUGAGAAAUUAUGUGUGGAGUUUAUUAGGUGCUGAGGUUGUCGUACUUUGGACAUUCUACUUGUCAAUAAGCGUAGCCUGUUUCAGUUAUAAUUUGUCAUGCAGGGAAAUUUGAUGUUGUGUUUUCUAUGUAAUGUAUGGUCUCAGUUUGUUUUUCUUCAUUUCUUAGGCCCUAGACUAACUAUAGCUCAUGUCAUGAAUUCAUGAACUAAAUGCAACAAGAAUCGUUUUUCAUUUUUUUGGUUCAAUUUUUAGAAAUAAAGAUCUGAUUUUCUU